CUUCCCCAUUCUUCUCCUUCCUCACUUUCCUUCCUCAUCCUCCUCGUUCCCCCUCAUCCUUCUGCUUCUCCUCCUUUCUCAUCCUGCUCCUCCUUCAUCGUUUUCACUCUGUUCUUCCUCCCUUCUGCUUCCUCAUCCUCGGUGUCCUGCUCCUUCUUCUGCCUCUUGCUGCUGCUGUUCUUCCUCCUCUUUCUUUCCUCUUCUCCAUUUUCUUUCUCCUUCCUUCUCCUCCUCCACCCUUCCCCUUCCUCCUUCUCCUCCCUGCCUCAUUCCCUUCCCAUCCCCAUCUCCCAUUCCUGGCCGAUCCCAGCCUGUCCCGUGUCCGGCUGUGUCCCCAGGCCGUGUCCCGGACCUUCCGGAGCGGAUGGACAUUGGGGACAUCCGGGAUCACCUGGACUCGCUGCAGCUUUGGGACAGUGCCGGGGCCCCGCCCGCAACCCCUGAGCCCCGCCCGCCCUCACCUGAGCAGGCAGGCUGGCCGUGUCCCCGGUGCACGUUCCUGAACAAGCCCACCCGGCCGGGCUGUGAGAUGUGCAGCUCCCCCCGGCCCGAGGGGUACCGGGUUCCUGGGGGGCACCGCCCCGACCCCGCUGAGCAGCAGCGGCUCCAGAGGGAGCAGGACGCCAUCCGCCAGUGCCAGCAGGUACGGGAUGAGGGAUCAAUGGGAUCGAUCAAUGGGAUCAAUCAGUGGGAUCAAUGGGACCAAUGGGAUCAAUGGAAUCAGGGCAUCAAUGGGAUCAGUCAAUGGGAUCAGGAAUCUGCCAGUACUAGCAGGUAUGGGAUCAGGGAUCCAUUGGAUCAAUCAAUGGGAUCAAUCAGUGGGAUCAAUCAACGGGAUCGGGGAUCAAGGGGAUCAGGGAUCAAUGGGAUUGGGGAUCUGCCAGUGCCAGCAG